AUGAAUAAAUUAUAAAUUAGAGAUGACACAGUAGAAUGGGGAUUAUAAAUUUUUUAUGUAAUAUCAGGAUAUUGUCCUUAAUAUUGUUAAUUGUGUGAGGUAUUAUUGAAAUGUAAGAUUUGUCAAAGUGGUUACUUUAAAUAUAAGGAAAAUACUUGCAUAAGCGGAUGCGAUUAACCAUAUCAAAAAUUAAUGGUUCUUAUUGAUAAGAUUUUGAUGAUGAAACAUCAUGUAUCAUUAUAUUCUAUGUGUAUCUAGACUCUGAUUAUUUAACUUAUAAUUUUCUAAAUAAUACUUUCGAUCCUUAUUACGAAUGAAUUUAUAAUACUAUGGUUUGUAUACACUACUCUAUUAAAAUGGGACGAAUUUUAUUAAAUCUCAGAUAUCUAUUAUUCAUAUUUCAAUAAUCUAAGAAUAUUUGGAGGGCUUACAUAUGGGCAUAGGCUAAAUUUUAUAGGAUUCAUGAAAUAAUUGAUCCUCAUCAUAGUAUCACAAUUCCAUUUUAUAUACUUUAUGGACCAGCAUUCCCUUCUGAUGGAUUAUUUAUAUAUAAAAAUGAAAAUAAUCCACCAAUUUCCAAAUCCAGUAAUAGUUUUUAGGGUUCAAAUAAUUUAGGAGGAAAAUAUGAUUAAGUAUAUGAAAGCACAAAUCAUGACUCAAAUACAUUCACAAUAAGCUGGGAAUGUUUUGGGUCAAAUAAUGAACAAUUCAAGCUUAUUGUGGAUUUUAUAAUUAUUACAUUGCUAUUCAUAAGUGCUAGCUCUAUAGUUUAUAAUAAUCUGAUUAGAGUACAUGUAAAUAAUGGAAUAGUGAUUAUGAUUUAAUUGUAGUUAAAUUCUCUUAAGAAGAAAGUUUAAGUAACCAAUAUUAUGAUAAGGAUUCUGUUUGAUGUUUAGAUUGUCCAAUAUCUUGUUUAACAUGUGUCUCAAAUAGAUUGUUAAACAUGCUAAUCUACUUUUAUAUAAACUAAAUUAGGAUGCAUUUUAAAUUCUAUUAAUUGGAAGAUUCAAAUUAAUAUUUUGAUUGUCCAUUUGAAUGUAAUCAAUGUUUAAAUUUAAGCAACUGUAUAAAUUGUCAAAUCGGCUUCUAUUACUAAGAAUUUUUUAAACCAUGCUCCUAUGUUAAACUUGUUAUAGAGCAAUAAUUGA